AUGAUGCAGAGCGCAGCUGUCCCCGCGGAGGGGGCUGUCAAGGGGCUCCCGGAGAUGCUUGGUGUGCCGAUGCAACAGAUCCCUCAGUGUGCCGGCUGCAACCAGCAUAUCCUGGACAAGUUCAUCCUGAAGGUCCUGGACAGACACUGGCACAGCUCUUGCCUCAAGUGUGCAGACUGCCAGAUGCAGCUGGCGGACAGGUGCUUCUCCAGGGCCGGGAGCGUCUACUGCAAGGAAGACUUCUUCAAGCGCUUCGGCACAAAAUGCACGGCCUGCCAGCAGGGCAUCCCCCCGACCCAGGUGGUGCGCAAGGCGCAGGACUUCGUCUACCACCUGCACUGCUUCGCCUGCAUCAUCUGCAACCGGCAGCUGGCCACGGGGGACGAGUUCUACCUCAUGGAGGACGGGCGGCUGGUGUGCAAGGAGGACUACGAGACGGCCAAGCAGAACGAUGACUCUGAGGCCGGAGCGAAGCGGCCCCGGACCACCAUCACAGCCAAGCAGCUGGAGACGUUAAAGAACGCCUACAAGAACUCCCCCAAGCCUGCCCGGCACGUGAGGGAGCAGCUGUCCUCGGAGACUGGCCUGGACAUGAGGGUCGUACAGGUUUGGUUUCAGAACAGAAGGGCCAAGGAGAAGCGCCUGAAGAAGGACGCGGGGCGGCAUCGCUGGGGGCAGUUCUAUAAGAGCGUCAAGAGGAGCCGGGGAGGCAGCAAGCAGGAGAAGGAGAGUUCUGCCGAGGACUGUGGGGUUAGUGACAGUGAGCUGAGCUUCCGAGAGGAUCAAAUUCUCUCAGAACUUGGCCACACCAAUAGGAUUUAUGGCAACGUGGGGGACGUUACAGGCGGACAGUUAAUGAAUGGGAGCUUCUCCAUGGACGGGACAGGACAAUCCUAUCAGGACUUGAGGGAUGGGAGCCCCUAUGGAAUCCCCCAGUCUCCAUCCUCCAUAUCGUCCCUGCCAUCCCACGCUCCUUUGCUCAAUGGGCUGGAUUACACGGUGGACAGUAAUUUGGGCGUCAUUGCGCACGCAGGGCAGGGAGUAAGCCAGACGCUGAGAGCCAUGGCUGGGGGACCCACCUCUGACAUCUCCACAGGAAGCAGUGUAGGCUACCCCGACUUUCCAACUAGCCCAGCCUCUUGGCUCGAUGAAAUGGAUCAUCCUCCUUUUUAAACAUCUCUCCUCCCCACCCUACCCGUCCUGGCUUGAGAGAAUAUCUUCAAGGAUCGAAAGAGACUUGCCUUUUAAGGAUCAAAAGUGCACCAAUGUGAAUUUCCAUUAUUUUCAAUGGAA